AUGCAACGAUUUAUCAUACUAUGUUUUUUAAUCUGUCUUAUCUAUGGUAACCCUAUCGAUCAAAAUCUUAAAACGUAUAAAAUUCGUCAACAGCGAAGUAUUGGUCUUAUGAAUUGGAAAUCAGCUGAUAUAUUUUUUAAACGACUUUAUUUAAAUGAAAAUCAACACAAUGAAAUAGAUACUCGAAUGAAACGUUCAGAACCUCCAUCAGAGUUACGACCAGUAGAAGGACCAAUGAAUAUUGAACAAUUACCAGCAAUGUUAGCAGCAAGAAAUGUUAAACGUUAUCCUUAUUCUCAAGAAAAUGAUCCUGCUAUCAUUGGUCGAUAA